AUGGUCCAAUUACAUGGUCCAGUUACGCUUUUGCAUCUUGGUCAGCAGCUUUUGAGACUGGCUGUCAGCUCGGAGAGUUGGGACUCCGGUGUUGAUGAGAGUACGUCACUGCAAUUACUGGUACCGAGGCAACACAACUUCAAGAGUGUCCGUUGGUACGCACUAUAUUCACCGAAACCACAUCUCCGGGCUUUGCCUGGAGUUAAGCGUGCAAGUGUGCGGUGUCCACAAGGCGUUUGCUACACUACACCGUACCGUCCGACUCUCGACUCUGCGAGCAGGGCCCAUCAUUUACUGGGCAGGGAGGAUGAAGGACGGAUAAGGUCUCCCAGGUGGGGAACAGUCCCUAUGAGGGAAAUCCCCGCACAUGCCGUGUCUAUCAACUGCCAAGUCAGUCCUCAAGUCUGGGUCAAAGAAGCAAGGUUAGGUUUCGUGUUGUUUAUACCGGUCAUCGCGCGUCGUCAACGUGGUCCAGUAUCAGUGGAUCUGGCGCCGCUAGAUGGCCCAUUGGAAGUCGACGAGGAGUUGUGA